AGGCAGCCACUUAAGUUUUUGUUUUACAAAACAAUCAGCAAAUAAUUCAAAGUUCAAAAAGAAAAACACAAAAAAAAAUGAGUGAGCUUCUCUACUCUCUCCCUACUUGGGAUCACCAUAACCUUGGAUCACUCUUCAAGCCUGACUUCAAUCUUGAUACAUAUGGAUUCAUGAAUGGAUCGCCGGAACAGAUUUUCCGAUCACCGGAGAUGGAUUACUCCGACGUCUCCACAGGUUACCUCGAAGACGCAAUUAUCGAAUCCGGUGAGAGAAGCAAAAAGAGACGUCUCUUGUUCGAGGAUCCGUCAAUAUCCUUGAACGAUAAUUCGCAGAACGAUUGGGGCCUGCAUGAGAGUUAUAGCUGUUUGAAUAGUCAGUUUGUCACUCCACAUGUUAACAAAGGUGGUCGAGAAAAUGAUGUAACCCUAAAUGAUAUCAACGAGAGAAUUUUGAUGGCUCCGUCUCGACCAGUUCGACAUCCGGUGGGAGACUUUGCCUCUCGACCAUGCGUCUCUGGCAGCGGACCAGGCCUCUCCGGAAAAGCCGUGGUGGCUCUUACUAAGAUCCAAACACAAGGGAAGGGUACAAUUACUAUAAUCAGAACUAAGGGGUAAACUGUGUAAUAUUGGUAAUUAGUUGGGGCUGUUAUGUGUAAUAUAAAUGACGUUUUAGA